CAAGUCUGCGUGAAGCAAUCCCUACAACCACAACACCUUUAGAAAACAGUCAUCUACUUUAGGCCUUGUUUGGUGGCAUGUCGAUGGCUAAUAAGCUCACUGCUCUCAUUCUGCUUCUGGCAUUCAUCGCCAUCUCCACUCUCACCUCCACUGUGGCUGCUCAAUACCACCUUGACAGGAAUCGGUAUGGUCCAGGCAGCCUGAAGAUCUACCAAUGCCCGUCGGAGUGUGCGAGAAGGUGCAAGCAAACACAGUACAAGAAGGCGUGUUUGACGUUCUGCAACAAAUGCUGCAACAAGUGCCUGUGCGUUCCCCCUGGCUACUACGGCAACAAAGCCGUCUGCCCUUGCUACAACAACUGGAAGACUAAGGAAGGAGGGCCAAAAUGCCCUUGAUCACCAUCACCCACCCGACCCGAAUGUAGUACUAUUCGGAUCAUCCUUUGUUCCCUUUUUCUGAUGGGUCAUAACUUCUAUGACCCGAUAUCGUUGUUUCUAUUCUCAAUGCUCCUAUGGGCUUAGGACUUUUGCCUGCCCUAAUGAGAGCUCUGCCAAACCAGAUAUUUCUUGGUCUCUAGCUAUGUCUUGUCACAUUUAUUUAAAAUGAUGAUUUCCCAUAAAUGUUGAUGUGUUAUAUUAAUUAUAUAAGAGAAAGGGAUAAUUACAUUU